AUGUAUAGACACUAUAAACAGGAAAGAGAAUCCACUCAAAGUAUUGCUGCAAAAUAUGAGUUUUACGCACAUAUAUUUAAUACGGAGUUUAACAUUUCUUUUUUCACACCUAAAAAGGAUCAAUGCGACCUGUGUGAAUCGUAUAAAAAUGCGUUAGAUGAAGAAAAAGAGGCUUUAGAAGACGGCUAUAAAGAUCAUCAAAAACAGAAGGAACUUAGUAGAAAAGAAAAAGCAGAAGAUAUUAAGUCUUGCAAGGAACCUAACAGCUCUAAAAUUGUUGCUAUUUAUGAUCUCCAGGCUGUUAUGCCUGUGCCAAUUGGAGAAAGCUCGGCCUUUUUCUACAAGUCAAAAUUAAACUGCUAUAAUUUCACGGUGUCUGAUAUCAAAAAUACGACCACUAGAUGCUACUUUUGGCACGAAGGCAUAGGGAAUCGAGGAGCAAUAGAAAUUGGAACAUGUGUUUUUGAAUUUUUAAAAAAUAUUGCUGAAUGCCAGCCCAACUGUGACGUGAUUUUUUACUCAGACAAUUGUUGCGGUCAGCAGAAAAAUAGAUUCAUACUUGCGAUGUAUCACUAUGCUGUUUCGACACUAAAUAUCAACUCGGUGACUCUCAAGUUUCUUGUGCGUGGGCACACACAGAACGAGGGUGAUAAUGCCCAUUCCCUAAUCGAAAAAGCUAUUAAAAAGGCUAAAAAAUCUGGCCCCAUCUAUGUGCCAAGCCACGCAUUGAGAAACGUUUCAAUACACAACUUUUUAUCUAAGGAAUAUUUAAGCGCAACUCAAUUUGAUACACAACUAAGUUUAAGAGAUGCUUAA